UUUCCUGUGACGUCACAAACCGGAAGUAUGUGUUAGCGUCUGCUGUUGUUGACAGUAGCACUACAGUGAUUCUACCAUUUGAUAUAUUGUAUGUUCGGGCUUUAAAGACGAACUUAAAGACUUAUGCUAGAUACCUGAUUACACCGACACGUUAUUUUGGUCUUAACUAAGCGUUUUGAGAUCUGGUCAUUAAUUUAUUCUGGUAACUUUGCGACGUAGCUAGCAUUGGAUGCUAGCAUGUAAUGGAAGAAGUGAGCUAAUUAGGAAGCCAUGGAAACUAAUUUUAAGCUUAUCUCUUAGGCUGUUGCGGUAAACUUAAAAGGUCAGCUUUUACUUUAGUUUGGAGCUUAAAACUGGUUGGGAUAACACUCCAAACAAGAUGGCAGUAGAGUUGGAUGUGUUCGUGGGUAACACUACUAUCAUGGAUGAGGAGGUCUACCAGCUCUGGUUGGAUGGAUACACAGUGAACGAUGCAGUGAAGGUACGGAUGGAAGGAGGAGUGCUGGAGGAGUUUGAGGCAAGUGCAGAUGUUCUGCUGAGUGACACCAUGGACCAGUACAGGACUUUCCAGAUGUGUGAGCGUCUGCUGCACAGUCCAUCCAAACUAGCCAACCAACUGCUGUUCCAGAUCCCACCUCAUCGACAAGCCAUGCUCAUAGAGAGAUACUACGCCUUUGAUGAUGCAUUUGUCCGUGAGGUCCUGGGAAAGAAACUCUCAAAAGGAACCAAAAAAGACUUGGACGAUAUCGGUGCCAAGACAAAUGUUACACUGAAAAGCUGCAGACGACAGUUUGACAACUUCAAGCGUGUUUUCAAAGUCGUGGAAGAGCUUAAGGGACCCCUGGUGGAGAACAUACGUCAGCAUUUUCUUCUUUCCGACAAGCUUGCAAGGGAUUAUGCUGCCAUUGUUUUCUUUGCCAACAAUCGCUUUGAGACGGGAAAGAGAAAGUUGCAGUAUCUCACUUUCCAGGACUUUGCUUUCUGUGCUGGGCUGCUUAUCAACAACUGGACAGUUGGGGCAGUCGACAACAUGGUGGAAGACAUGGACGUGGAUCUUGAUAAAGAGUUUUUACAAGAGCUGAAAGAGCUGAAGAUUUUAAUCACUGACAAAGAUCUGUUGGAUCAACACAAAAGUCUGGUCUGUACAGCCCUCAGGGGAAAAACUAAAACUUUUAAUGAGAUGGAGGCUAAUUUCAAGAAUCUUUCCAGAGGCCUUGUCAACAUUGCGGCAAAGUUAACAAACACAAAAGAUGUCAGAGAUUUCUUCAUUGAUCUUGUCGAGAAGUUUAUUGAGCCGUGCCGUUCAGACAGAUGGACAGCUGCGGACAUGAAACUCUACCUCACUCACUACACCAACUCUGCACACAUACUGGACACAUUCAAACAUCAGGUUGUGUGGGACCGAUACAUGGGCGUCAUCAAAAGCUGUAUCUUCAAAAUGUAUCAUGACUAAAGCAUUUUCUUCGCGGCUCGCCUCUCUACUUCCCUCCCGCUCCUUUUCUCAAUUUGUUUUCUACCCCCCACCCCACCCCGGCAGAAGCUGUUAUGUUAGCCCCUUGGAUUGUGCUUUCUCUGUUCAUUUCAUCAGCGGUGAUGAAUUUGGCUUCUCAAUCCCCAUGAUCGCUUUCUGCUCCCCCCUGUUUGUGCUCCUAGUGUUCUUUGCAGUGUCUGUAAAUCUGGUUUGUAAAUAAAAUGAACACAUUUACAUCAAA